UACGUAUGUAUGUAGGCAGGAUGUAUGUAGGCAGGGCUGUAUACUAGUAUUUUUAAGAAGAUUAAGAGAACUUAAAACCUUUUUUCAGUCCACAUGAUAUUUUUUUGAACUAUUGUUCGUUUUCUUUUUGGAAAACUGUGGUAAUAUUUAAAAUAUUAUUUUUUGUUAAAGAAAAAAUAUUUAAAUCAAAGAUGUUAAAUUUACUUUGUUUUAUUACAGUUGAACUAUUAUUAGCUAUGUAAGAUUGUAGAGAUAUGAUAUACACAUUUUUAGGUAAUACAGUGUACCGAGUCUUUUUAGUUUAAACAAAAGAAAUUCAACAUUUUCGUCCAUGUGUUGAGUUUAUGUGAUUUAUUUAACAGGCUUUAAUUGUAAAUAAAGCUUUUAAUAUUUUCAAUCACGUGGAAACCGCCGGUUGAAUUGCUAUCGGUGAGAUUCAUUUCUAUUUUCUGACUUAUUAAAUCCAUGAACAAGUCAAAAGUCUUUCUUAUAAAAAAAGAGAGAGAAGGGAAAUUCAUUUUAAAGAAAAUUUACCAAUUUAGUCAAAAAAUAGCAAAAUCUACAUUUCACCUAUGAUAAGAAUUCCUUGAAAAAAACUUCUUCCCUAAAAAUAGAUUUCUUCUCUGAAGCUUCCACAUUGACUUGAUCAACCAAUGAUUCAGAGUUUUAGUUAUUUGGAAAAAGUCUUUGAACAAAAUUAAUAUAGGUGAUAUUAUUUAGAGCAGAUUAAUCUAUAUAUAAUAUAUAUACUAAUGUAAUCCAAAUAUAACUAACCGUUAUUUAAAAAAAUUAAUAAAAUAAUAGGAUGAUUUAUUAGUUAAAAUGCAUAUAAGAUGAUAUAAAAUAAUAUAUAUAACACUGAGUUUUCUAAUAAAUAUAAAAUCCAAUAUGAAUUUUUGACAUGUUUUAUAGAGAAUGAUUUUUCAUUCACUUAGUAUAACAAAACUCAUGGAUUAAUAAUAUAUUAUUUGUGUUAUUCUACUUAUGAUAAGCUACUAUAUUAAGUCUUACGAUAAUUUAAUUUAAAAGCAAUUGAUAGUAAAGUGAACCCAUAUAUAUAUGUAUAUAAAAUAUUACUUUAUGAUCCAUCUCAUUUUAGAUGUAGAACACGCAACACUCGUCAAUCCUAACUUAAGAUAGUGCAUCAUAGAACUGGGGCAAACUCUUACGCAUAAAGGAGCUUCCGUACUAGAAGAAAGAACACAUUUUUUGGGUGAAGUGUUAAGAUUAAAGAACGCAAUUUUUAUAUAAGAAGAGCAUAAAACAGCAACAAGUAAAACUAAUAAAACGUCCUUCAUAAAACAUAGCUCAUCUGGUAAGCAACAUUAAGGUUUUUUCUCAUUUUGAAUGGUUUGACCCAAAAAAGCAGCAAUAACACGUCUCUGUUAUAAAACUCAAUCGUUGGAUGGGAUGAUCUGUUAUUGAUAUAAGUCAAUGCUAGAUGGUAGACAAAUGACGUCGAUACUGACGAAAACAAAAAUGAACGAAAACAAGUCUCCACAAAUAUCAUUCCACGAGAAUCCAAAUUAAAAUCUAAAUUACUAAUUAAUAAUAUAUAAAUACGUAAAACAAAUAUAGACACAACAAUACUUAAAUAAUAACUUAUGCAUUUUCUCAAAAAAUACUUAAAUAAUAAUAUUCUGAAAGAAAGAUUAAAAUGUAAUAUAUAUAUAUAUAUAUAUAUAUAUAUAUAUAUCUGAGUCGACCGUGAAUACCGUAUUUGUAGCCGAAGCAUUUGGUCUCAUAUCCUCGUCUCUAACCACAUACUCGACAAAGUAUCUCUUUUCUCUUUCUUCUACGAUAUCUUCUUCGUCACCUCUCUAUAUAUGGAGGAUUGGAUAUGGUGCAGAACAAUCACACACACGCACACACUAAGAUAAAUACUUACCUUUUCUUAUCCGGCAGCUUACACAUCCUCUUUACUUACUAGGGUUUCAGAUAACAAAUCAAGCAAGAUCAUCGUCCGUACUUACUGAUCAUACACAAAAAAAAUCAAAGUUGUCUAUCAAGAACUUAGAAUUAUCUAUAUAUAUAUCGAGAGAGAUGUUUCGUUUUCCAGUGAGUCUUGGAGGUCAAGGUGACAAUUUGAAGCAGACACAACCAUCGGAUGAGCAGCACCAUCGGCCAAUAAUGGAUGAGGUUGACUUUUUCAGGUCGGAGAAGAGAGAUGAUCAGAAUGUCAUCACCGAGGAAACUCAUAGGCUUCAUGUCAAAAGGGAAAAUUCACGUGUUGACGAUGAUGAUGAUCGUUCCAUGGGUAUCAAUACUGGACUUAAUCUUCUCACUGCGAAUACGGGAAGCGACGAGUCAUUGGUGGAUGAUGGAUUGUCUGUUGAUAUGGAGGAGAAACGUACAAAGAUUGAGAAUACACAACUUCGAGAAGAGCUAAAGAAGUCGAAUGAAGAGAAUCAAAGACUAAAGGAAAUGCUAAGUCAAACAACCAACAACUUCAACUCCUUGCAGAUGCAACUUGUUGCUGUCAUGAGGCAAGAAGAAGAUCAUCAUCACCUGGCUACGAUCGAGAGCAAAGACAAGGACACUAACCGACAUGAAGCUCCUGAGAUGGUUCCAAGACAGUUCAUUGAUUUGGGACUACCAUCUGCUGAAGUAUCAUCCGAUGAGAGGAUAACGUCAAGAUCUCCCCAAUCCCUUCUAGAGGACUCUAGCUCACGUCAGCGCGCAAAAAGAGUACUUGAGAUAGAAGAAAGCCCAGAGAACGAAUCGAACGGCUGGGGAAACCCUAGCAAAGUUUCGAAACACAAUGCCUCUUCCAGCAAUGGCAAUGGAAAUGCUAUCGAUCAAUCGGCCGCUGAAGCCACCAUGCGUAAAGCCCGUGUUUCGGUCCGUGCAAGGUCCGAAGCUCCCAUGUUAAGCGAUGGAUGUCAAUGGAGAAAAUACGGACAGAAAAUGGCAAAAGGGAACCCGUGCCCUCGAGCUUAUUACCGCUGCACGAUGGCCGUUGGAUGUCCCGUUCGUAAGCAAGUGCAACGUUGCGCAGACGACAGAUCUAUUCUCAUAACAACCUACGAAGGAAACCAUAACCAUCCAUUACCUCCGGCAGCUAUGUACAUGGCUUCAACCACAACCGCAGCCGCAAGCAUGCUCCUCUCAGGCUCCACAAUGUCGAACCAAGACGGCUUAAUGAACCCAACAAACCUCUUCGCUCGAACCAUGUUGACUUGUUCCUCAAGCAUGGCCACGAUCUCAGCCUCGGCCCCAUUCCCAACCAUUACACUAGACCUCACAGAAUCAGCGUCGGACGUUAACGGUCCGACGAAUAACAACCCACUGAUGCAAUUCGCUCAACGGUCUGGUUUCGCGGAGUUGAACCAAUCGGGCUUGCCUCAGAUGAUGGGCCAGGCUUUGUAUUAUAACCAACAACAGUCCAAGUUCUCCGGUUUGCAUAUACCAUCUCAGUCGCUGAACGCUGGCGAGAGCGUCAAUGCUGCUAUGCCCGCCAAUCCGAACUUUGCAGCGGCUCUGGCCGCAGCCAUCACGUCUAUUAUCAACGGUUCGAGUAAUCACCAGAAUGGGAGCAGUAACAGUAGUAAUAAUAAUGUUACGACGAGCAGCGGUGACAGGCAAUAACAUUUUUAUAAAAAAUGUUUUAGGUUUGUUUAUCGGCCGAUUUUGGAUUCUAGUUAUGGCCUUUUAGCUUCUUCUUUUUUUACUAUCAAUAAGAGUCUUGAUAGCAAAUUUUUCUCGUUGCUUGUUAGACAAUUUUGUCCUGGAAUAUAAACUGCCUUUAGAAAAACAAUCUCUUAAAAAGUUAUGUGGGCUAACGAAGUGCUAUGGUUGAGGCUUGUAGCUUGAGGCGUAACGCAAGCUUUCAGUACAUUAAACUAUUGAAGUAACUAAGGAGUGAGCAAAGGCCCAAACAGAAUCGGACCCAAUGACAUGAUGGUUGGUAGUUUACCAGCUCAAGUUAUUAAGCUAAUGCGGUGAUGAACUUCUUAAGUUGGUUCCAAGAUUUGGCAGUACAUUGUUCAGGGUCUGAAUGAACCUAAUGAAACCUAAAGGGGUUAAAUGGAUAAAUAUGAAAAUUGAAGCUUUAGCGAAACGUUAUUUACGUUUAUAGGGUCCCACGCAGUGUCAACAACGUGAAGGCGGUUUUGCUUGUGCCACAAAUCAAAGCAACCUUAUAUUUUCUAUUUGCAGCAAACACCAAUCAAACAACCCAUCUAUUUAUUUUCAAUUUAAAAAAAAACGAAAUCUGUUUAACCUUUUAACAUUGUUCUUAUGACUUAGAUAUAUGUAUGUGCACAUUAUUUAUAUUUUUUAAUCAUUUUCAUUCUAUGAUGUAUGGAGUAACUAUUUUUUUUUUGCUAACCGAAUAUCCUGGCCCCACCGAAGUGGUGCAGACUAGAGAUCGAAGGGAGCAUGAACGCUGUCAGGGCGUCACCAUGUAGCUCACCGUGUAACGGUUCCAGGUCUCGGAUGCUGCAGCCCACAUGUAAAUUCCGCAGUGGCAAAGGCUCAAACCGAGGGACGGACACUCCAACUGGAACUCCUAUACCACAAGACCAAAGCAACUUGGUUGUAUGGAGUAACUAUAAAUGGUGUAUAAUAUAAUUAGAGUGAAGAAAUUGAUUUGUAGACGUUACUGUAACAGAGUGAUAUGCUUAGCUGUAGACACUCAUGGUUUCAUCAACGUGAAACGUACCUAAUGCUAGACAAACUUAAAACAGCCAAUAUUAACAAGUUAUUUACAACAAUAAAAAAUAAACAGCAUUUAUAAAAAAAGUCACCCAGACAAAAUUCCAAGUAGUAAAUUAACAACUUAUUAACAACAGCAUUACCAUCGAUCUUUAUUUUUUGAUAAAAAAAAUAGUUAACAACAAUAAUAAUUUUUUAAAAGUAAUUUCAUUCUAGUUUUAAGUUUCUUAAGUAUUGUAAUUGCACAAAUAUUAAGAAAAUACAAACUUUUAUGUAAUUGACUUUGGUUACAUAAAAUAACAUUAAAUAAAACUAAUUCAAAAGAUGCAGUAUUUUAUAAUUAGUUAAAAUUUUCAAAUGACAUUAAAUUUCACCUAGAAUUGUGAAAAAAUCACUUAUUUUGAAACAAAAUUAAAAUCCUUAAACACCAAUUAAACUGAUAUGGAGGGAGUAAAGUACUUUAAAUGAAAAAAAUCAGGAAAUUUGUUUCUAAUUAAUAAUAUUAUUUUUUUUUUUUUUUUUUUUUUUUUGUUUUGAUGACCGUGGGGUUCCCAGGCGGUAAGCCCAGACUAAUCCCCACGAGGCCUUCUAUCCGGACACGCACGGUUAUAGGCGGGAAGGUGGCCAAGGCGACUCGAACCCAGGGCGGGCACUCCAGCCGGAGUUCCAAUACCACUAGGCCAAGAGCUCUUGGUUAUAAUAUUAUUUACUUGUUAAAUAUAUCUUACUCUUUUUAUUUUGAGAAAUAAAAGAGUUUCCAUAUCAUGAUUUGUACUCUUUUAUUAUUAUUUGUUAAGUUUUAAUCUCUUAUUUUGAAAUUACUUAGAUUUAUUACUAAAUUACUUGAAGCAUCCCAUAUAUUGUGCAAUAAUUGCUCUACAAAAGUUUAUGCAAAAUGUUAUAAGCUUUUACUUUACAAAAUUUAUGACAACAUUUGGGAUCAAAAGGAAAAUAAGAUACUACAACAGUGGACAUACUA